AUGUACAGACCAUUUUCCAAGAACUGGGUGCAAGGUGAUCGACAGGCCCGAGUCGCCGCACCUACCAUUGUCGCCGUUGUACCCGGCGUCAUGAUUCCUGAAUCGGCCGGCACUGCGGCGCCGCGCCCGCCCGCGUUGCUGUCGCUGCUUUUUCUACUGGUGGCGCUGCUAGCGGGCGCCGGCAGGGCGGCCCCCGCCCCCGCCUACGACGUCGCCUCCGUCAACGCCCUGGGCCUCGCCGGCGCGCCGCCCGCCCUCACGGACGACGACGACGCUUUCAACCAGCUCUCCGCCAUGCACCACUUCGUGGCGCCCGCCUUCCCCGGUUAUUCAACUUAUUAA